AUGUCCAAGAAGCGCAGCGCGAACCGCGAGCGGGGCAUCCCCGGUCGGGCGCCGGCCGAGCGCGAGCGCCGCCUCAUCCGCCACAAGGAGAAGGAGCUGCGCGCGGUCAUUCUUCGCCUGCGCGCUCUGGACCGCGGAGACGCCGCCGCCGCGGAAGAGCGCGACGCCUGCUUCCGCGAAGUGCGCCGGCUCGCAGUAGCAUCGAAAGGCCUGGUUUCAGAAGAGUUCCGCAGAGACCUGUGGCCCUUCCUGCUGGGUGUCAAUGCGGCAGCGCUGAACGGCUCCUCGAACACCGGGAACCAGUCCCAUCAGGCUCAUCGGGACGCUGCGCAGGUGGAGAAGGACGUGGAGCGAUCCUUGUGGCACUAUGACGUGCUGCAAGGGCUUAAAGAGAGCGAGCGCCGCGUCAAGCGCCGGGCGCUCACGCACAUUAUUCUGGGGGUGCUGGGCGCCAAUGACGAGCUCUUUUACUUCCAGGGGUAUCACGAUAUCGUUUCGGUGUUCCUCUUGACACUGGGCAACUCGAAGGGAACGCUGCAAGCGGUGCGAACUGUGAGCGAGACGUACCAGCGUGAACCGAUGCGGUCGGGAUUCGAGCAAGUCAUGGCGACGACCAGGUUAUUGUUUCCGCUGCUGGAUGCGGCUGACGAGCUGCUUUACCAGCAUCUGCACGAGUCGGGGGUUGAACCGUAUUUCGCUCUGCCGUGGAUGAUCACGUGGUUUGCGCAUCAAUUGAGGCGAUUCCAGGAUGUUGCGCGGCUGUACGACGUGUUUCUUGUCUCCCAUCCGCUCUUCAGCUUAUAUGUAUCCGCUGCUGUAGGUGGUCAUCCCUCGUCUCCGAAUUGGUUUGACAGUUCUGCAAACAAAUUUGCAUCUGACGGAUUGCAAAUGACCGAUAUGCAGGUUCUACUUGAGGCAAAGGACAAGAUUCUUCGCUGCGAACGUGACUUCGGCACGAUGCACGGGUUGCUCUCGAGCCUGCCCCUCGCCAUGGAUGUUGAAAAAGUCAUCGCGCGGGCUGUUGUACUUUUUCACCAACUGCCGCCGCCACAGCUUCUUCAGCGGGCUCAACUUGAAUCAGCCUCAAAAGCCAACACGUAUUUUCAGUUCCCUUUCGGGCACCAGCCGUGGCCCAGCGCGACCGCUCCAAUGCUAAAAGAGGUUCCGCCGCUGCCUCCUCGACAAGAAAGUAUUAACCACCGUGCCAUCAUAAUCAUGAAUAGGGAUGGCGACAAAUCGAGCUAUGUACUGGGUUCCUGGCAGGCUUCUUUCAUCGUCUCGGCCGUGGCGAUAGGCGUCGUAGCAGUGGCAUCUGCGUACACUUUUCGGGAUCGAAUUGGAAUGAGAGUGUAA